ACAUUGAAUCGGUUUAAAUACAUAACAAGUCAAAAUACAUCUUAAUCCUACCAAAUCCACUCUAAUCCACAUGGAACAAAAAUAACCGAACAAGCCGAAAAAAAACCAGCUGCGCCAUGUGUUUUCUUGCUUGUAGCUAUCAGUGACUCGCAGCUACGCACAGCCCCUACAGUGCUGAAAUGACAAUAAGAGGUCGUCGCCACACUUCUUUGGUUUCUCCCAACACAUGUACUUGAACUGGUCUACAUAUGUAUCCAAAUCCAAACCAAGGAACGUCAAAAGCAAGAGAAAUCUUCACAUGAUCGAUGAGAAACACGACCAUUAGUCACAUGAUUCAUCACUAGCUAGCUAGCUACAACGCGCUACCAUAGCAACAGCAUGACGACGACCAACCCAACCGCGAUCCUCUCCGUGGUGCUGCUCAUCGCGGGCGUCGCUGUGAUGCUCGUCGCCCACAUCCUCGUCGUUUUCUGGGCUCUGCUGCGGGGGCUCGGCUCCCGCGGCAGCAGCCAGCACGCCGCCAACCAGGAGGAGCGCGUAGAGGACGGCCGCGGCCGCCGGGGACUGUCCAGCGGCGAGCUCGCUACGCUUCCUUGCCAUGAGUACUUCAAGGCUGCCGCAGACGGAGAGACCGGGGACUGCGCGGUCUGCCUCGAGGCGUUCGAGGCCGGUGACCGGUGCAGGCAGCUGCCGCGGUGCGAGCACAGCUUCCACGCGGAGUGCGUGGACUCGUGGCUCAGGAAGAGCAGCGCGUGCCCCGUGUGCCGCGUCGACGCAGUGGACCGGCGGCCGCCCAAGGGCGAGGCGAAGGCGGCGGCGGUCUCAGGGGUCGUCGUCGUGGACAUGGCGGGGAGGAGAAGCUCGAGACCCGCACCGGAGAUCGUCAUUGAAAGAUAGGUUGCCUGCGUACGGCCCAUGGCAGUUGGGAAUCGGGACGGCGACAAGCUGCGUUGGGGCAACACUUGAACCACUAGAUUUUGUUGCUUGUGCAAGCAUGUGGACACCUUCUUUUAAGCUGCACACUCAACUUUCCUUUCAUCUGUCACAUGAAUGUACCUUCGUUAUCUUGAUGUUACGCUAUGAAAUGUUGCCAUGCAUUUGAUCAA